GCCUAAAUACAGAAGCCGAAGAAGAGAAGCGGCUGUUGUCAACAGUGUGGCCGUAUGGCUGCGUUAUCCUUACGGUAGCCUGUGUGUAUGUGAGGUGAUACUACAAACAUAUUAGUGUCCAUUACUGAGAGGCUCGGAUCAGACGGUGCGUUUAGUCCCCGAGCAGCGACAGCCAUGGCUCAUCUCACCCAGAACCCCGCGGAUAAAGAGCGGUUCGUCUGCCUCUAUCCCAUCUACAUCAACAGUAAGAAGACGCUGGCUGAAGGACGAAGGAUCUCCGCGGAGAAGGCGGUGGAGAAUCCGUCCUGCACUGAGAUCAGAGACGUGCUGGCGGCUGCAGGGAUGAACGUCUACAUGGAGAACAAAAUCCACCCCCGGGAGUGGAACAGGGACGGCCAGUUCAAAGGUCGGGUCAGAGUUCAGAUUAAGCAGGCGGACGGCAGCCCAUGUCAGGAGAAGUUCAGCUCACGUAAAGACGUGAUGAUCUACGUCGCAGAGAUGAUCCCCAAACUCAAGACUCGGACCCAGAAGAGCGGAGGAGGCGACACCAGCUCUCAGCAGGGAGAGGGAGGGAAGAAGAGCAAGAAGAAGAAGAAAUAGACACAAAAUGAUUUUGGUUUGUCUUUAAAUGUUUUUUUGUUGGUUAUUGAUUUGAUUGGAUGAGAAUCAGACGGAGGCGGGUUUUUGUUUUUCUUAUUCUGCUUCCAAAAUGAAAACCUGAAUGUUUUUCAUGUUCUCAUGUUUCAUUUAUGUUUGAACUGAGGGCUCCGUUCACCUCGUCCAACAGCUUCACACAAUAAACGUUUCAUUUUCUCUCCUU